AAUUAUAUGAACCCUCGAAUGAUGCUCAACAACAGAGGACAACAGCCUCAACAGCCAAAUGGCCUUAGAAAUGAUUAUUAAAGCGUGGUUUAAGUAUUUAGUGCAAUAAUUCAUUAAAAGGGCAUAUAAUCCUUGAUGGGAAUCUCAUUCUCAACUAUUUAAUUGUGUAUAUUUGGCUCAAUGCUAAUGGAGAAAACGAAAAAGCUGUUAGAAUUCAUUAAAUCUGGAGCUGUCACUUCACUUAAUAAACUAUUGACAUUGCUUCGGAUCAAGUAAUUUCUUAAAGGGGAAUUGACUAUGACAUAGAUAGGUAAAUCAGUAGUAAACACUAGUACUUCGAUUGGUAAGUAAUGGAUUAUUGCUAUACGUUUGCUUUUGUUAGUCGGUAUUCUUAAAUUAAAUAUGCAGUCAUUCUAUUGAUUGGUGCGUUGUUGACACAUAUGAAGAGGAAAAUGAGAGAAAAAUAAGAAACCGAAGUUGCACAAAAGUAAUCGGAUACAGAAGAGGCAGAAGAACAGUAAUAGCUAGAUACUCAAGCAGACACAUCUCAAUUACCAAUCCAAUAGAGUGAUUUCUGGAAUCACAUUGAAGAAAAUCCACCAUCGAAUUAAGAAUAAUAGACUUAAUAAUAACAAUAGCCAAGCACUGUCCAAUCAAUUAACUAUCUGAAUGAUCUCCCAGGAUUCUCCACCACUGGCAAUCCAAGUAAGCCAUGGAUGAAAUGAUUGAUCUUGUUAUUUAAUAUAUAUAAUUAAUAUCAUAUCAGAAAUAUUCA